AUGGCCACAGAAAUUGUUCAGAUUAACGACAUACGGAAGUGCACAUCUAUCUCCUUCACGGAUAUAUCCUGUAGGAUAACGAAACAUUGCGGGAUGCCUUGGAAAAGAAAAAAACGAGAGCGAACUGAUCAUGAAUACGUGAUAUUGAAUGAAGCAUGCGGGGCGAUAAGACCGGGCCGGCUCACGUAUAUUCUGGGACCGUCCGGUGCGGGCAAAACCACCCUCAUGAAGAUAUUGGCAGGAAGAAAGAGGAGUGGGGUAAAAGGUGCUAUGUUCGGCGCCGGAAGGAACGCAGUUUUAGUCAGCCAGCACGCAACUCUCAUCGACACGUUGACUGCAGACGAGACACUUCAAUUCGCAGCCAGGCUUAAGCUGCCCAACCUACUGCAGAGGGAAAGAGAACAACUGAUUGCCAACACAUCGAAGCAAUUGGGCAUUUCGGACGUCAUGAAGACCAGAGCUGGUAACUUGUCGGGCGGUGAAAGAAAAAGAUUAAACAUUGCCUGCGAGUUGCUCGUGGACCCAAAUGUGAUGCUACUCGACGAACCUACGAGCGGCCUGGACUCCGUUUCAUCGAUGUCGGUGGCUCGGGCUCUCCAGACCGUAGCCCGCAGCGGGAAGACCGUGGCGUGCGUUAUCCACCAGCCGUCGUCGCAACUCUUCAACAGCGCCGACGACAUCCUGCUGCUGGCCAACGGGCGCACGCUGUACUCUGGUGCGCUCGCGGACAUCCCCGACACGCUGGCUAGAGCGGGCUUCGUAUGCCCUCGGUACUACAACAUGGCCGAUUAUAUGUUAGAAAUUGCAAGCGGUGAGCAUGUUGGAAAUUUAGCACUGUUAGAAUCUGAAGCAAAGAGCUACGCUUACGAGAUGAAGAAUGUAGCGAGAAACGACUUGCACGAAGUCAAUGCUAAAGGCUUGCCCGUAGAAACAGAAACCCUCUUGAGAAUUCGUCAACCGCAAACGGAUGGUUACAUAGCAAGUUUUUGGCAACAACUCAGCGCUCUACUCUGGCGAUGCUCGUUAGGAGCUCUAAGAGACGUCUAUUUGACUCAAAUCCGCCUAGUGACACAUUUGUUGGUGGCGCUGCUACUGGGCGCGCUGUACAACGGCGCGGGCGAGGACGCCGCCCGGAUCAUGUCCAACACCGGCUGCCUGUUCUUCUUCCUGCUCUUCAUAUUCUUCUCCAACGCGAUGCCGCCUAUUCACACUUUUCCCGUGGAAGCAGCUGUGAUUCUCCAAGAACACUUGAACAAAUGGUAUUCCUUGCCUACUUAUUGCAUAUCAAGAAUCCUAGUUGAUCUACCUAUACAGUUAUUAUGCGCAACAACAUUCACGUUUCCCGCGUGGUAUUUAACAUCUCAACCACUCGAUCCACAUCGAAUGGGAUGCGCCUGGCUUUUACUCAUUCUUCUCAUCAUAUUGGCCCAGACCUUCGGGUUGGUCAUAGGAGCAGCAUGCGAUGUGAAGUUGGGUUUGUUCGUGAUUCCCGCUGCCAAUAUACCAAUGCUGAUGUUCUCCGAAUUCUUCAUACCUUACCAGGAAAUGCCGGUGUACCUGAGACCUUUGGCUGAUAUCUCUUACUUCAGAUAUUCGUUCGACGCCAUUCUAGAGACCGUCUACGGGUUCGGCAGAGAGCGAUUACCAUGCAAUACAAAAAUAAUUUGUAUUUUCUCUCGACCCGACAAGUAUUUAGAUCAUUUGGGACUGUCGAGGAAUUUCUACGGUGACAUAACUGCAUUAGUCAUAUGGAUUGUACUGUUACAGAUAUCUCUAAUCUGCGUUUUAUCGUUCAGAGUUCAUAAAGCUUGUAGGUGA